CUCUCUCCCAGCCUCCCUCCCUCCCUCUCUCUCCGCUGACAGUAUAGCUAUCUAUCUUCCACUCACAUCGCAGUCUCUGUCAGUAUCCGCGAUAUGAGCGCUAUAGGCCUAAUGGCGCGAAGCAUGGUAUCUCUGCGUCCGAAAGGAAUCGUUUCAGCGCACCUGUGCUUGGCGGUGGUUAUCGCCUGGAUGUCAUUGAUGAGACCCGUGCUAUGUGACAGCGGCGUUUUACACCGGAGCGACGGGGAUCGUAUGCUUGACAGCCGCGGCGCUGUAGGCAUAGACGGGGUUGACGGAGUGUUCGGUCCGGGCUUGGGUGAUAAUGAUGGGGACGCGGGCGACGUGGAAUCCCCGCGCUUCAGGAGAGCACUAUCCCAAGAGAAAGUGUCCCUGCUCAGCAGCUCGUUCGUGCUCAAGGGAGAUGCUACCCACAACCAGGCGAUGGUGCACUGGACUGGGGAGAACAGCAGCGUCAUCCUCAUCCUGACCAAGUACUACCACGGUGACUCCAGCAAGGUUCUGGAGAGCUCCCUCUGGAGGUCUAGUGACUAUGGCACCACCUACAGCAAGCUCAACCUGAUGCCUGGGACAACUAUCGUGGUCUCUAACUUCUAUAUCUGCCCCAUCAACAAGAAAAAGGUGAUCCUGGUGAGCUCGUCCAUUAACGAGCGUGACCAGAUGCUGUUCAUUAGUACAGACGAGGGCUCCUCGUUCCAGCGACAGCCCCUCUCCUUCACCGCGGAGACCCUCCUCUUCCACCCCAAGGAGGAGGACAAGGUGCUGGCUUACUGCAAGGAGGGAAAGCUCUAUGUGUCCACGGAUUUGGGCCGGAAGUGGACUCUAAUGCAGGAACGAGUGACCAAGGACAGGAUAUAUUGGUCUGUGGCUGGCGUAGAUGUGGACCCUGACUUGGUGCAUAUGGAGAUGCAGGACACAAGUGGAGGGUACCUGUACGUCACCUGCCUGAUCCAGAACUGCUCAGACAAGAUGGUGACGGCUCAGUUCCUGGGGAAGAUCGACCACAACUCUCUCUCAGUCCAAGACGACUAUAUCUUUGUCAAGGUGACCACGGGAAACCGCACCAAGCACUACGUGUCAUACCGACGGAAUGAGUUUGUCCAGAUGAGGUUCCCGAAAUACGCCCUACCAAAGGACGUCCACAUAGUGAGUACGGAUGAGAGCCAGGUGUUCCUGGCUCUGCAGGAGUGGUACCAGACGGACACCUACAACCUGUACCAGUCGGACCCGCAGGGCGUCUACUACUCCAUCGUGCUGGAGAACGUCCGCAGCACCAAGCAGCCUGAGGAGAGCGUCCUUAUAGACAUACUGGAGGUCCGCGGGGUCAAAGGCGUCUUCCUGGCCAAUCAGAAGGUGGAUGGCAAAGUGAUGACUCUCAUUACCUAUAACAAAGGCCGAGACUGGGAACCCCUUGCCCCGCCUACCACUGACAUGAACGGCAAGCCGGUCACCUGCCAAUCACCUGACUGUCACCUCCACCUCCACCUGCGCUGGGCUGACAACCCUUACGUAUCAGGGACCGUUCACACCAAAGACUCCGCCCCAGGACUCAUCAUGGGUGCAGGUAACCUGGGUUCCCAGCUGGUGGAGUAUAAAGAAGAGAUGUACAUCACCUCUGACUGUGGGAAGACUUGGAGACAGGUGUUUGAGGAAGAGCAUCACAUCCUGUACCUGGACCACGGAGGGGUCAUUGUUGCCAUCAAAGACACCUCCAUCCCCCUCAAAAUACUCAAGUUCAGUAUCGAUGAGGGAAGGACCUGGAUCAUCCACAACUUCACCAGCACCUCGGUUUUCGUUGAUGGACUUCUGAGCGAACCGGGAGAUGAGACACUGGUCAUGACGGUGUUUGGUCACAUCAGUUACCGGUCAGACUGGGAGCUUGUCAAGGUGGACUUCAGACAGUCAUUCCCCAGACAGUGUACCGAGGCCGACUACGACUCCUGGAAACUCACUGACCUGAAGGGAGAGAAGUGCAUCAUGGGUCAGGAGAGGAGUUUCAGGAAGAGGAAGGACACCGCAUUCUGCAUCAAGGGGAGGAGCUACACCUCCGCCCUCACUACCAAGACCUGCCAGUGCUCCGAGAAAGACUUCAACUGUGACUAUGGGUUUGAGCGUGCCCAGAGCCUGAAGACCGAGGGAGAUAGAUGCUUUGCUGACUUCUGGCACGACCCAGACUCGCCGCCUGACGACUGCCAUCUGGGACACGACUUCGAGUCCAGCACAGGGUACAGGAAGGUUGUGUCCAACAUGUGUGAGGGGGGAGUGAACAAGCAGCAGAGCGCCAAGCAGCACACCUGUCCUCUGCUGCCUCCCAGAGGCCUCCAGCUGGGUAUAAAGGGGCAGAUGCUGGCCAUGGCGCCUGGUGAUGACAUCACCUUCAUCGUCCACCAGGAACAGGGUGACACCAGCAACACUAAGUACCAGGUGGACCUGGGUGACGGGGUGAGGGCCAUCUACCAGAACCUGACGGUGACAGACGAGCCCAUCCAGCAUCGCUACGAACAGCUGGGGGUCUACCGUGUCACCGUCAAGGCCGAGAACAUGGCCGGACACGACCAGGCCACCAUGUACAUCCAGGUCACAGCCCCUCUACAGGAAGUUCACCUGGAAGUAGUUCCCAUUGCCGGGGUUAACCAGGAAGUCAACCUGACAGCUGUGGUGCUUCCUUCAGAGGCCAACCUGACUGUCUUCUACUGGUGGAUAGGAGACAACCUGCAGCCCAAGCUGUCCCUGGAGAAUAGUCUGAUAACGCGCUUCCCUGAGGAAGGAGAGGUGUCUGUCACUGUCCAGGCCUCUAAUGGACGCUCCAUGGUGCAGGACACCAAGACAGUCCGCAUCUACGACCUUUUCCAGGUCAUCCCUCUGGCCUUCAGCAGUAACCUGGACCUCCUCAACCCCAACAUCCCAGAGUGGAGGGAGGAUGUGGGUCAGGUGGUCACCAGGAUUCUGGCCAAGAUCACAGGUAUCCCCCAGGAGUCCCUGGUAACCAUGGUGAAGCCGGGCCUGCCCACCACAGCCGAGCUGUACAUUCUCCCACCAGAGAGCAAGCCUGCUAAGAGGAGUGUAUUUGUAGAUAAGCGUAUUCCUGCCAUUAAGCAGGCCUUCAAUGAGAACAACGUUAGCUUCAUUGUACGAGGAGGUCUACAGGUGUUGGUGACCUUAGCUGACCCUAACGCAGGUUCUCAGGGUGGAGUGGCAGGACCAGGUGUCUGGGCUCUGGUUGUCAUCUUCCUCAUCAGCGUCAUCGCUACUGGAUCCUUCAUCCUCUACAAGUUCAAGAGUCCUUGGCUUAGGACUGAGGAUGCCUAUCCUCCACUAUUUUUCAGAAAGCUGCCUGGCCGGAAUGUGUACGCCCAGAUGCACAAUGAGAAGGAGCAGGAGAUGACCAGCCCUGUCAAUCACAGCGAGGACACGCAGCACAUCAUCCAGGGGGAGGAGUUUAUCGACGACGAUCUGGACUCGCAGACUCUAGGUAACGCAGGAGGUAACCACUCGGGCGUGGUGCUGAGCAUCAACUCCAGAGAGCUGCACAGCUACCUGACCAGCUGAUGGCUGAACACGGACACACUAACCAGCUAGCCAUGCUAAAGAGCUAGCCAUGCUAACGAGCACAGGGAACUCUACUCUGCCUUCCGUCUCUGUCUCUCUGUCUGACCAACCAAUCCACCACUCCCCUUACAGAGGAAGAGAAACCACCAUAGUACUACAGUCUAGCAGUACUUUCUCUCUCCUCUUCCUCUCCAUGGCCCCUCGCUCUUCCCACUGGACCAGAGGGACAGUUACUGUAUCCUCCGUUCUGCUUCUCCCUCAAUCCCUCUAUCCAUCCCUCCACUGCGUCACUGUAACAUCAGGGGUGUGGGCCAACUCUGCUUUUUACCCAGUGUUCUUUGCACCCAGUGUCCUUUGCACCCUGUGUCGUGUUUGCUCGGUGUGUUCUCAUUGGUUAAACCCCGCAGAGACUGAUUGGACGCCACCCAGUGAGGAUGGACAGUUCCGGUGACAUCACAGAGAGGACGCCCCACCCACUGGCCUGCAAUUUAAAACGCUCUGUACUGUAAGACUCAUCUUUUCACUGACUGUUUUUACACACUAGGUAGUUCCCAGAUAUCAUAGUACACUAGUAGGAGAAGGAUAGCACAAUACACAAUAUGACCAAAACAGAGCCAUGCAAUGACCAGGCCAUAGCCGUGAAAAGUACUCACACACAGUUUGGGUACUGUGGUUUAGUAGUGGAGAAAAGAGCGGUAAAUAUGUUAAUAGCUUUGUUACAACUCUGGGGGAUCCUACAAAAUGAAGAGAAGGUUUUUAGGAUAAUCUUUUUUCUUUUUCUUUUUAACUAUCCCAUAAUUUAUAAUUGACGCCAUCUCUGUUUUUCUCUCUCACUUAAAUGCAAUAAUACUCUUUCUCAGGAAAGAAUUAGAUGAAAUGCCCCCUUUAAAUCUGCAGGGUUGUUAUAUGAAGGAUAGGGUGUUGAAAGGGAGCAGUCUGAACCAAUAAUGUACAUAAACCCUGGAUUGCAGGUGCAAUGUAUUGGCCAUUGAGAGGCUUUGAAGCCACCGGUCGGCCAUAUUGGCACUCCCCCAGUAGGAGCAGUCCUCCAUAGGAAUUAAUGGAAUUCUAUAGUAUCUCAAUUAAAUGUUUCAAGGACAAAAUUACAUGUAUUUAAGUAUUUUUUUGUUGUAGAGGGUAAAGUAACAUUUAGUAACAAAAAUAUAUAUAUACUUUAAGGGAAAUGUUUAUAUAUUUAUACAUAUUUGAAUGUUUAGCUCACAUAAUAUAAUUUAAAAGUAUGCUUUAAGGUGUCUGUAAUAGAAUACGUCUGGCAAAAACUAAUGUAGACAUUAAUAAAUGGAUUUCUAUAGCUUCCAAAAUAUUUUUGACACCGGUGGGGGAGUGCCAAAAUGGAGGCACAGUGGCGUCAACACAGCGCCCCCGAAAUAGUCAUCUAGUGUAUAUAUAAAUCAUUGGUCUGAUCUGAGGCAGGGUUGCGUUCGUGAAAAGAAUGCAAUUACCUAAAUAGACACUAGGGGGUGGUGUUGCACUGUUUAUAAAUCCCAGAUACAGGUAUUAAAGAGUCGAGCUAACGUGAAGCAUGUGGGAAAAUCCUCAUUCAUUCACCAUUAUUUACAUACAAUCCCUUGUUUAAACGGUCUUCUUUCAUCAUACAGCAAUGUAUAACAAUGCUCUCUAAUAAUGAAAUAUUUGUAUUUUUAAUGUUUUACGGUACUUGAUCACUAGGUGAGGUUAAAGGAGUGACACUUUGUAUGGUGUUUGAUAUUUUAGCAAAACUACAGCAUGUCACGUCCCUGGUUAAAAAAAAAGUCAUUGUUUGUCCCACCGUGCCUAAAAAGACGCAGACUCCUCUGCUCUAUGACAUUUCCUGUGCAUUUCCUCCAUUUUAUUUAUUUACUAAUAACAAUUUGACCGAGCCACCAAGAUACCCCCGGGUCAGAGGUCAACGUGAGUUCAUUUCCCCAGAGACUAAGGUCGUCGUCAUGGAGAUAAAGGUGUGGCUGUCAUUAUAUGAGCCUAUAUUAGGCAGUUAGCAGUGGUAUGGUGGUAGGUCUCCUAUAUAAUUUGGUUUGUGUACAUAGAUGUUUAUAUGAAAAACCUCCCACUGUAUAUAGUCACUUGAGUGUGAGUAUUUUACACUAAUAUGAAAACACACACACAAGUCGUCUUUUGGAUGCCCCCUUCACUGAAUCCCCGAUCACAGUAAAAUGACACAGGGAGCUUUCUCAUUACCAUUGCUUGCUUCUCAUGUAUCAGCAUUAUUUCUGUGUAUAGCAAAGUAUCAUAGACUUUUAUAGGUAGGCUACUUUCUGUUGUAUCCAUUGUUUAACUGGAAAGGAUAUCUCAUGACCAAAUCGACACCCUUCACUUCUGCACUCAUGCUAUUGUAUCUAUGGAGACGUUGCAUUUUGUAUACAUUUGUUUAAUUCCUGUAAAAACGUUAAGUCAACCUUAGUGAGUAGCUUUCCUUCACAUUGCAAAUUUCCCCCAAGACAUUUCAUUUCCACUAACGAUGUAGUCUUGAGGAGUGCAGUCUAGAGAGACGUGUACCAUCUUGCCAUAUGAUGGGUUUGUCUUGAUUGAGGCAGAGCACGCGUCUUAGUGACAAACGCUGAGAGUCAACCUCAAGCUCCUCAGUGAGUCAGUUACAUUCAUGAUAAUGUAGGCCUAUCUGAUACGGACAGUACACCACACUGGAUUAUUCUAUUGGGUUCUCUGUUCUUCAUCUUUUGUACAUAUAUAUGCUCAUAUUUGGCUUGUUCUUAGUUUUCUAGUGACGUCGUCUGUUAUUAUCCCCCCCCCCUUGCGGGGAUCAAGAGAAUCCAACAUAUUUCUGAAGGAGAUUCACUGUUGUUGACACAGACUAUGUGAAAUUGACCGCAGUUGUAUUCAUAUUUUUGGGUUGGUUUGAUUUUUUUGGGUCAAUUAAAAAUGUGUUGAAGUCCCCAACAGAAAGUGUAUCGCACUUCACCUGCAUUCUGGAAUAAAUCACUCCCCUAACUGUA